UGAAAUAGGUUAGGUUAGCGUCUGAUUAAUUUGUGCAGAAACUCUCGUUAGUUAGAUAGUUCUCGUGUAUCGUUUUAGUCACGAGUGGUAAGUGCUAUAUUGGAAUGAUAGGAAAAUUUUUUCCACGCCUUGAAAUUAGAACCUUAAAUUAUUGUUUAAUAUAAAAGACGGUUAGUCGUGAGAGAGAAAAGAAGUGGCGGUUAUGUCGCCUGUCAAUCCGGUAGGUCAUUAUCAAUAAUGUGAGCAACGUGUAAUACAAUACGCCCGCACGACUAUCAAAUGCCGAUAAGAACACAGUGGAAUUUUUAUUCACAACUACAAGUACUGUCCGCAACUACGAUGAGUAUUUUGAAAAAGAGAUUAAACGAGUUUGAAGAUGUAUUAAACGCUGAAGAAGUAGAUCUCAUCAGUAUAAAACGAUUAUGCUUCCAUGGAAUACCAGAUGAAGGAGGUUUAAGACCUCUAUGCUGGAAACUUUUAUUAAAUUAUUUACCACCAACUAGGGCCAGUUGGUCUGAAACACUUAUGCGCAAAAGAGUACUUUAUAAAACUUUUAUUGAGGAUCUCAUUGUUACACCAGGUGAAGCAAAUACAGAUGGUGAAAGAAUAGAUGUUACACUUUAUGAUCAUCCUUUAAAUUUAAAUCCUGAUAGCAAGUGGCAAACCUAUUUUAAAGACAAUGAUGUUCUCUUACAAAUAGAUAAAGAUGUUAGGAGGCUCUGUCCAGAUAUAUCAUUCUUUCAACAAGGUACAGAUUAUCCUUGCAAAGAGAUUGUGGAUGCCAGUGGGCAGAAACGUUUACAUCAUAGAGUACAGCAUACAGUUUUAAGAAGUGCAAAUGUGGAAAGGAAAGGACUUGGUGUUACUAAGAUAGCAGUUUCCAUUAGAAAAGCUGCAGAAGAUUAUGCACCACUUGCAGAAGGUGGUGAGGCACACUGGGAGGUUUUAGAAAGAAUACUUUUUCUUUAUGCCAAAUUGAAUCCAGGACAAGGCUAUGUACAAGGAAUGAAUGAAAUAGUUGGUCCUAUUUAUCAUGCAUUCGCUUGUGAUCCUAACCAAAAAUGGAGAGAGCACGCAGAAGCAGAUACCUUUUUUUGUUUUACCAAUUUAAUGGGUGAAAUUCGUGAUUUCUUUAUAAAAUCCUUGGAUGAAGCUGAAUUUGGGAUAAACUCAAUGAUGAGCAAACUUACCACACAGGUUAAGGCGAAUGAUCCUGAGGUUUGGAUGCGUUUACACCAACAGGAAUUGUGUCCACAAUAUUACAGCUUUAGAUGGCUAACACUUCUCCUGUCUCAGGAGUUUCCAUUACCAGAUGUCAUGAGAAUUUGGGAUUCUCUAUUUGCUGAUGAGAAUAGAUUCAACUUCUUAAUACAUAUUUGCUGUGCUAUGAUCUUGUUAUUGAGGGACCAACUCCUAGCUGCUGACUUUGCUACAAACGUCAAACUUUUACAAAAGUUUCCUUCAAUGGAUAUUCAAAUAGUUUUGUCCAAGGCAGCCGCAUUAGCAGGGAAAUGUUUAAAUUCGCCAUAAUAUACAUUUGUGCAUAACGUCGCGCAAAACUGAAAACAUGAAGAAAUGGAGGGUUGGAACUAUUCAGAGGUACACAUUCUCAAUAAUUUUGUUUUCCCUCUGUCUCCUAUUUAGCUUCUCCCUACACUAUAAUUUGUUCUUUCAUACACAGGCGUGUUAAUAAAAGUGCUAUUUAAAAUGUUUAUAUUUUUAAUACUAAAAAAAUGAU